AAGAACAGACAAUGCCGACCCGGUUCUCCAAGACCCGUAAGCACCGCGGACAUGUUUCCGCCGGUUAUGGACGUGUAGGGAAACACCGUAAGCACCCAGGUGGUCGCGGUCUUGCUGGUGGUCAACACCACCACCGGACAAACAUGGAUAAGUACCAUCCGGGUUAUUUUGGUAAAGUUGGUAUGCGCUAUUUCCACUUGAAGCGCAACCCGUAUUGGUCCCCGACUAUCAAUGUGGACAAGCUAUGGUCGCUCGUCCCUGAAGAGGAGAAGGCAGGACUCACCUCAGAAAGCGAGGUUGUGCCUGUCAUCGAUGUUCUCGCUCACGGGUAUAGUAAACUCUUGGGUAAAGGAUUUCUGCCAAAAAUGCCUUUGAUCGUAAAAACUCGGUCGGUUUCUUCCAAAGCAGAGAGAAAGAUAAGAAGGGCUGGUGGUGUUGUCAAGCUUAUAGCAUAAUCCCGGCGUCGUCACUCUGUCCCCUUUCUCAUUUAUUAUCACUUCAUUGCCACCGUAUUUGCCCGCCGAUACGCCAUAUCUGAAUCAUGUCUUAAUCUUGCUUGCUUCGGCGAUGCGGACUCUACACCGUCACCGAGUCUGGAGACGAUAGGUUGAUCUUACCUAUCCAAUGGGUAACUGUUGUCGCACCCUGUGGGGGCCCUCGUGUUCUCAACUUGCAUGAUUGUGUAUAAAUGCCUUGAGAGCCCUUCGACCGGAAAAGACAGCACUGUUUGCCAACUUCGCGGUGAACACCAGAUCCUGCACAUUCCUCAUUGCUAUGAGAGCGCUUUCUCAGUGUAUAGCUGCGUGUAUGACACAGUUUGCAGUACACAUUGC